AUGGACAUCCCAGCACAGCUCUCCUUUGCCCUCUACGCUGCUGCCUUCACGCUGGGCCUUCCCCUCAAUGUCAUCCUCCUCAGCGAGGCUGUGUCCCAUGCCCGGCUCCGCCUUACCCCAAGCCUUGUCUACACCCUCCACCUGGCCUGCUCGGACCUGCUGCUGACCGCCUCCCUGCCCCUGAAGGCGGCCGAGGCUCUAGCAGGGGGAGCCUGGCCUCUCCCGGCCUCACUUUGCCCGGCCUUCGCCUUGAUACACUUUGUCCCCCUUUAUUCUGGGGGUGUUUUUUUGACUGCCCUCAGCGCCGGCCGCUACCUGGGGGCGGCCUUCCCGUUGGGAUACCAAGCCGCACGGAGGCCCUGCUAUUCCUGGGGGGUGUGUGUGGGCAUCUGGGGGCUGGUCCUCUUCCACUUGGGGCUGGUGCUUGGCCUGGAAACUCUGGGAGGCCAGGUGGACAACAGCACAAAGUCCCUGGGGUUGACCAUUCCCAUCAACGGCUCCCCCGUCUGCCUGGAAGCCUGGGACCCGAUAUGGGCUGGUCCGGCCCGCCUCAGCGUUUCCCUUCUGCUCUUCUUCCUCCCCUUGGCCAUCACUGCCUUCUGCUACGUGGGCUGCCUCCGGGCCCUGGCCCGCUCGGGCCUAAGCCGAAGCCGCAAGCUCAGAGCCGCCCGCGUGGCCGGAGGGGCCCUGCUCACGCUGCUGCUCUGCCUGGGGCCCUACAACGCCUCCCAUGUGCUGGGCUUCGUGAAGCCCGAUGCCGGCGGCCACUGGAGGAAGCUUGGCUUGAUCAUGGGAUCCUGGAGCACCGUGCUCAAUCCACUGGUGUCAGGGUGCUUGGGCAACAGGGCUGGCCAGAGGCACGGUACCAUAGGGACUCCGGGUGGGACGGCCCAGAAAUAA